UUGAAAAAUCUAAAGCGUGCGUUAGAAAACUGGUGUUAAGAUAAAUACACUCUGCAUAAAUCGCAGUUUUACAUAGCACAGUGCAAAAAUACUGAUAUAUCUAAUGAAGAUUAUUUAUACUAGUUAUAGUUCAUAAAUUUUUUAUUUUCAAAUUUGUUUCAUUAAUUUAGAAUUUUCGUUGUUAUUGGUAUCUGAGGAAACGAAAUCUCGAAUUUUAUACUAAAAUACAUCAAACGACCAUUUCCAAAAAAUACAACUAUUUUCAAUUUUUGAAAGAAAUUCAACCCUAGACAAUUUUAGGACUGCUUUUUCGAUUGCACAUUUACUUUCAAGUACAAACAUCAGCAACAGUUCGUGCAUGUGUUAAUAAGGAUGGAUGGGAGUGGGCGGGUUUUGCUUCUGAAUGAGUUGAAGAAGAAUAGAUUACGUAAUAGCAAGUUGAUAGAAGACCUCAAGCGGGAAGUGGAAGAUUUAAGAGCCACUACGACCACAAGAGCAAAGUCCUAUCAUCACCCUUCUGACAGCCGCUACAACAGACAUCCACCACAGGUAGGUAUGGGUUCGAUUCCCAACCUGCCCUUCCGAGGGAUCUCCCAGAUGCCACUUGACUCAACUGUGCCACUUCUGUUACCCUACGAGAGCAACAGUGUCGCAUCCGAAGCCAAUCUGCUCAAGAUGCAGUACAUGGCCUCAGGAGGCGGAGAUCCCACCAUUGUUGCACAGUUAGACCAACUUGUUGCACAGGCAGUUAGUGCGCAUCAGUUCAAUGACCCAAUGGCCAAUGCUCAGAUGACUGGAAGAGCAGCCGGUCGAGACCCCUUAACACUCAAGAUUCUAGAAGAUUACCGACAUGAAAAUGAGAAGCUACGAAAUGAGCUCGAGACUGUGAAACACGGAAAAGUCACAGAGGAGGACGAGUUGAGUGUGUUGCGGCGUGACCACAUUCUGAAGAUGACUCAGAUGCGACAGGAAGUAGAGCAGUUACAGCAGAUGGCCAAGAUACAGCAAAUGAAACAACAACUGGAUCCAAACUCAAACUCAUCUGACAAUACGAUGGGAGAAAAGUUGAAGCACUGGGAGAGGAGGGUUGGAAGCCGCGAGACACCCUACCUGCUGGCACAUGCCUCCUACCCUCUGGGUGACUCACUAAACCUAGCCCCAUACGACCCCGCGAGUGGUUUUCUGCUGUUCCACGACUACGUGCUCAACGUGGACCCCUCCUACAAGUCGCUCAAAGUGGUGGCCAGACUGUUCCGAGGGGGUCUGGAGCUAGGAAGUGCUGUUCCUCUUCCGGAAAGACAGUGUGUGGGUAUGCAUGGAGACAGCUACUCAUCCUCCUACCUCCAUUGUCUAGCCAAAGCCAUUAUUCCCGUUAAGGCUAUCUUUUACCCCCGUGUGGCUCAAAUUUGUGUGCAAGACUGCGAAACACUGUUCCCGCAAAACGCAGAGGACCUAUCAGAGGCUGCUGCUAGCCUAUGUCUACCAUCUCCUGACCUGUCUCUCCUGGUUGAAGUGCAAGCCUCUUCCCACUACGACGAGCGCCUCAAGACAGUCUGCUGGGCCAAGUUCCUCCUGUUCGACGACCAGCACCGGGUGCUCAGUGGACGGUGGAAAGUUCCCCUUCGGGUCAUCCCAGUGCGGCCUGACCUCCACCCCAGGGACACCAACAACAUACCACAGGUAACAGUUUUAAUAUCUCGUCGCAAAAGUCUGGCAACGAAGAUCAAACUUCGGUCGCGAAAGUCUGGACAGAGAUCCGUGUAG